AUGAAUGUGGCCGGCAUAGCUCAACUGGUUAGGCUGUCGGCCACCGAACGGAGAAUCGGAGGAUCGAACCCCACAUAUGGCGAACAAAGCUUCAGCUGGAGGAAUUGUGAUGGUAUGGAUCACAGCAGCCAAAGGAAUUCGACUGGGAAUGGUCAUGGGAUGGACGAUCGAUUCCAAGGGGUCGGCCCCGUCAUUUCGGAGCCCAGGGGCCGGCUCCGUCAAACAAGAAUUGGUGGAAUAAAUCAAUUCUUGACAGAAGGAGGAGCCAUGGAGGAGAGAGCAAAUAACGGAUUAAAAAAAAAGGGAUUCGGUGGCGAUAAAGGAGGAGAAGAAGAAAACCCUUUUGUAUUUGAGAAGAUUUUGGGUUCUAAGGCAUACUGGUUCGGAACCCACAGAGUACAAAUUUUUUGA